AAGCAGAAGAACGGAGCUCCAGAGAGGAUCAAGACGAAGCAGCCGAUCAAGAUGGUGAAUUACACCCAGUUCCUCAACUGUACGGUGGGCAACGCCAGCCUGGAGUACUCCCACUGCCUGGCAGACGUCCCUGCGUACGAGAACUGCCCGGAUCCCAGCAUCUGUGAGGAGCAGUCCUCGGACGAACACCUCGGCCUUGCCUUCGGUCUUACUAUCGGCGCGGGUCUGGCCACCACGCUGGGGGCCCUCCUGCCCUUCGUCCCGUUCAUCAAGCAGAGAAACACGCGGUUCCUUGCGGCCGCCAUGGCCCUGGCAGCCGGCGUCAUGCUCUACGUGUCGUUCACUGACAUACGGACCAAGUCCCUCAACAGCUUCUGUUGCGUGUCUCCGGCUCACUUCGACGCUCUGGCGACGUCGUGUUUCUUCGGUGGGAUCCUCCUUACGGCGUUACUGGACAUUCUAGUGUGGAGCCUUCAGAAACUAGACUGUGGGUGCGGCACGGGGCGAUUGAUUGUCAAACGCGUCAAGUUUUCUACCGCCAGGGAAACCCUGGACGUCGGGGAAGGAGAGACCCAGCAGCACAGACAAGGAGGAGGAGGAGAGGAGCGGAUUUCGAUAGAGGAAGGCUGUCGGAGGAGAGGGACCACGAGGGGGAAAGUGAGACUUCAGGCGGUAAACGGGAUUGAGUUCGACACAGACAGUCUCGACGCAAGCGCUCUGAUUCUCCCGCCACACGACAACCGCAACGGAUCCGCGGAGAGCAGCUCUAGCAACUCGACCACACCCACAGCUCAGAGCCUGGAGGAGGGCUGCGAUGCAGCUCUGGAGGCAGAGGGCGCGGAAAUGAAAGAGGUGGCUGUAUUGGAAGCUGUCAUGGAGACGGAGGUGAAGACUAUAGCUCCUGCUGAAGACGAGAAUUCCAGCGUCCAGCACUCUCAGACUCUAACUGCAAGUGACGGGGUCUCCAUCUCCCUCGUCUCAAACGCCAUGUCGGAGAACACCAACAACAUCAUAGCCACGGCCAGCGUCAACGAACUCUUCUCCAACAGCAGUCUCCUGAGAAUGAACGCCGUCAUUCCCGAGUCCGCUUCCGUCUGUACCGCGGCCGUGGGCGUGGUUGGGGAGAACGGGGUUAAAGUUGUCGGAGACUCGGCCUCUCGGGUCUGCGUGGAGCCUGCAGAUCCAGAUGACGACAGUGGAGUGGUGGUCCAGGCAAAGAGAAAAGGCCGCGGAAGAAGAAACUCUUACCAAGAGAUGACUGACGAUGAUUUUGUCCCGCUGGGUCCAGAGGAGUUCCGGGACGUGACUGAGGUGAUGUCGCCCGACAAGAAGAGCCUCAAGAGAAUGGGUGCACUCACGGGGCUGGCCAUCGGUAUCCACAACGUCCCGGAGGGUCUGGCGACGUUUGUUGCGACUCUCGCCUCACCGGCAUUCGGAGGAGCGCUGGCCAUCGCCAUUGCUCUGCACAACAUCCCCGAGGGAGUGUGCGUGGCCAUGCCAGUCUACUACGCCACUGGGAGCAGGGUCAGGGGCUUCCUGUGGGCAUUCCUCUCUGGGAUAUCAGAGCCUUUAGGAGCUCUACUGGGCUGGCUGAUCCUCAGGGACGUCUUCGGUCCUCUGCUGUAUGGAGUCUCAUUCGGAGCCAUCGCCGGCAUGAUGGUGUACAUCUCUCUCAAGGAACUCCUACCCACAGCUCUCAGAUUUGACAAGAAGUCCGGACUGAUUGUCCCCGUAUUCCUCGGCCUGGGGAUGGUCGUCAUGGCAAUUAGUCUGUCACUCUUGCUGUAUUGACGCCCCUGUCAUUUCAUCAUCAUCAUCAUUAUUAUCGCUCUCUUUGUUUUAACUUAUCUCUCCUUGUUUCUUCAUUUGUCUCCAUUUCCUUUCUCACUUUAUCAUUAUUCUUUUUCACAAGGCUAUAUAAUAUAUAAAUCAUCAAGCUGUGCCAGUUACUGGUAGUGAUUUGAACUGCAUGUAUUCACAAUCAAUUUUGCUCCAGCAACACACGUGCCAUGCGCUAUAAUUAUACAGAAACCAUUUACUUGCCGUAGAGGGAAAAACUGUGACAAAGUGCUCUCAAGUGAUAUUGUUUCAUUAAUAGUGGAACCUCUGAAUAAUAGACAUAUUUGGACAGGCAUUUGGUCCUAAUUGGAAGUUGUUCUCUCUUUGGAGGUG